AUGGACCAGAGGUGGCACAUCAAACAGAAGCUACAGACUUUAAAAAUGAGGUACAUAUACUUGUGUCCUGAACCCUAUCCGGAGGAGAAUUUGGAGUUUCUUAAAUCACAGAAUAUUCGUCUAUUUCAAUUUGGAAUUGAGGGGAAAACGGAAGUUUCUUUACCUAUUCUCAAUGAUUCUAUUAUGGAGGCUUUGAAAAUUUUACUUGAUGUGAGAAAUCACCCUGUUUUGAUUCAUUGCAAACGAGGAAAGCAUAGAACAGGUUGUGUAGUUGGUUGCUUCAGAAAGAUGCAGAACUGGUGUCUGUCUUCUGUGUUUGAGAAGUACCAGCGCUAUGCUGGUGCUAAAUCCAGGACAACGGAUUUAACAUUUAUAGAGAUGUUUGACAUCAUAAAUCUUAGGCAGUGCCUCUACAGCAUCAUCUACCAGUAUCAAGGUGUUUCAAAGAAGCGCAGAUUGAUGUAUCAAGGCGAGACUACGCAGAAGCCACCCCGUUUGACAUCGUUUUAGCUGCUGCACUGGCUAUCAACUCCAUUUUUGGAUUUGGUAGAGAACUCAUACUUCAACGUAAUUUUUUGGAGUCUUUGAACAUAU